AUGUCGAUUCCCGGCAGUGAUUUGGACUUUACUCGCUUCUUUCACGCGGCUAUUGCACAUCUAGCCUUCCGGCCAGACUGCAGCAGUCAAACGUGGCAAUUUCAGCAGGACCCGGCUGUGCAGGCAACAUGGGCAGAGCUCCGGCUCCCAAAAUCAAAGAUGGACGAGGUUUUGGCUGCACGCCCUGACCUUUUCGCACGUUCUGUGUCCAGCAAACCCAUUAUCAGGCUUCAGGCACUUGGUCUUACAUGCUUGCCGCCAACUCCGAUACCACCCUUGGGCACUGCUGCUCCUUCACCACUAGUGCCGGGCGUGCCGCAGAAGGGCCUUGCUACGAAGUGGACAGGUACAUGGGGAGGAAGCACUGGCUACAAGUCGGGGCCUGAAUUGCCUCGACAACCUCUUUUCGGAGGAGAAGCCUUGCAAGGGGAUGUUUUGGAGUGGAAGGGAAAGUUUGGCUGGAUCAAGCCUUUGCAGCCGAUAGACCAUCCCCUAGCGUCUCGGCACAAUUCCAAGAUCUAUGUGCACAUAAAGGAUUUGGCUGAUGGAUUGCAAGCAUUGGCGCCCGGACAGCGGGUGGCCUUUCAGGCCUACACUGACGAUAGUGGCAUCGGUGCUGAGGAGCGAGAAGAGCAUCCCACUGUGAUUGUUGAGCAUGGCAUCAAGUACACUGGUCAAUGGAAGGGCGGUCUAAGAGAUGGCCAUGGACUCCAGGAGUGGCCAGAUGGAGCCCAAUUUGAAGGUCAAUGGCGGAAUGGCCUUGCGGAAGGGUUCGGAAAGUUUGUCCAUGCUGACGGCGACGUCUACGAAGGGCAGUGGAAAGGCGACAAAGCGAAUGGUGAGGGUGUGUACCAUCAUGCUGAUGGUUCGAGGUAUGUUGGACAGUGGAGAGACGAUCAAAAGGAAGGACAAGCCAUAGAAGAAUGGGCUGAUAACUCACGCUUUGAGGGUCAGUACCGUGCUGGCAAGAAGCACGGGCAUGGUACGUUUAGCUGGCCCGAAGGGUCUUCGUACGAAGGCGAAUUUGAGAACAAUGAGAUUCAUGGACAGGGGACGUACUUCUGGAACGAUGGGCGGGUUUACAGAGGCCAAUGGGCCAACAACAGGAUGAGUGGGACAGGAACCUUUACUUGGAGGGACGGCAGGAAGUACGUUGGCAGCUACCAGCAUGAUAAAAAGGAUGGACAUGGCGUUUUCACAUGGCCAGAUGGGCGAGAGUAUGUUGGCGACUGGAAGGAUGGCAAGCAGCAUGGCAUUGGCGUUUUUAGGACCGCGAAAGGGGAUUUUCGCCGCGGUGAAUGGAAGGAAGGGAACCGAAUCCGCUGGAUAUCAGAGGCAUAUCGAGAGGAUGGCAAGCAACCAGGAGGUUCCGAGGAAAAAGCGCCCAAUGCGAGUGAGCAGAAUCAAGUGAAUCAAGUGAGUCAAGACAAUACUACAGCACCCUAA